AUGGAACCAGGAAACAGCACAAGAGUUUCAGAGUUUCUUCUGCAGGGAUUCUCGGAGGACCCAGAACUGCAGCCCCUCAUCUUUGGGCUUUUCCUCUCCAUGUACCUGGUCACUGUGCUGGGGAACCUGCUCAUCAUCCUGGCCACCAUCUCAGACUCCCACCUGCACACGCCCAUGUACUUCUUCCUCUCCAACCUGUCCUUUGUGGACAUCUGCUUCACCUCCACCACCAUCCCAAAGAUGUUGGUGAACAUCCAGACACAGAGGAAGACCAUUACCUACACAAGCUGCAUCACCCAGAUGUGCUUUUUCUUCAUUUUUGUAGAGUUGGACAAUUUCCUCCUGGCUGUGAUGGCCUAUGACAGGUUUCUAGCCAUCUGCCACCCCCUGCAUUACAUGGUCAUCAUGAAUCCCUGGAUCUGUGGUUUGCUGGUUCUGGUGUGCUGGAUCCUGAGUGCCCUGCAUGCCCUGCUACAAAGCUUAAUGAUGUUGCAACUGUCCUUCUGCAGAAACUUGGAAAUCACACACAUUUUCUGUGAACGUAACCAGGUGGUCCAAAUUGCCUGUUCUGACACCUUCCUUAAUGACAUGGUGAUGUAUUUUGCAUCUGUGUUGCUGGAAGUUGGCCCCCUUGCCGGCAUCCUUUACUCCUACUGCAAGAUAGUGUCCUCCAUCCGUGCAAUCUCAUCAGCUCAGGGCAGGUACAAAGCCUUCUUCACGUGUGCUUCUCACCUGUCCAUUGUCUCCUUAUUUUAUGGCACAGGACUUGGUGUGUACAUUAGUUCUUCUGCAACCCACAACUCACACUCCAGUGCAACAGCCUCAGUGAUGUACACUGUGGUCACCCCCAUGCUGAACCCCUUCAUCUACAGUCUGAGGAAUAAGGAUGUAAAGAGGGCCCUGAGAAGGCUCUUUGGGAGUAAUAUCCACCACAUGGAACAAGGAAAUAAAACAAAAGUUUCAGAGUUUCUUCUGCUGGGAUUUUCAGAGGACCCAGAACUACAGCCCCUCAUCUUUGGGCUUUUCCUCUCCAUGUACCUGGUCACUGUGCUGGGGAAUCUGCUCAUCAUCCUGGCCAGCAUCUCAGACUCUCACCUGCACAUGCCCAUGUACUUCUUCCUCUCCAACCUGUCCUUUGUGGACAUCUGCUUCACCUCUACGAGCAUCCCAAAGAUGCUGCUGAACAUCCAGACACAGAGCAAAGCCAUUACCUACACAGGCUGCAUCACCCAGAUGUGCUUCUUCUUGUUUUUAUAG